AUGUCUCAAGCGUCCACAGCCAGCAGUUCAGCCAUGAAUAAACCAGGCUCACAAUAUGUUCAUCCCAUGCGUCUCGCUCCACGUGCCUAUACACCACCGUUAAAUCAAUCGUGCCAAGCAUCCAUACUUGAGAGCGAUGAUUCUUCCAAGGAUCCAUUUGCGGGGAGCAAUUCCCCGACACAGUCAGGAUUAGAGUUCUUCAAGCCGGGGCCAACCAAUUCAAGCAAGACACCCCGAUUAUCGCUGCAAACUCAUGAUAGCUCUUCCACAAGGUCGCCUGGGGUUUCUCAGACAAAUAUAACCGGCCGUUCAUCUUUCGGAUACUCCCGAGACAACGGAAGCACCUUGGACACAACGUCUCCAGUAUCUAGGUCAUCUUUGGAUUUUGUUUUCCGAUCUAAGACGCGUACGAGCAUGGACCCUGUAGCUCGGGCGGCUACGGUACAAGCAGCACGUCAGGCUUUCGAAGAGAAAGAGGCUGCCAAAACAUGGAGGUUUGAGGCUCAACAGAUGAAGGCCGAGGAAAAGCAAACAAAGCAAAGGGGGAAGCAGCAUCUGCAAACAAGGUUCACUGGCGAUGACGUAGAUCUGGAGGACGGCCAAGAGGAAAUAUCUGACAAGCCUCAGCCUUCAACUUCACAGUCAGAAUCAUGUCCGGAGACCUGGAGAUCACAACCUAAAAAUACAUGGGUGCUCUUCUUAACGUGGUUACGAACUAGGAUCUUUAAGUUGCGAAGAAGGAUUCGAAGAUUAGCCUGA